GCCGCCCACUAAAUGUGACUAUAGUGCAAGUGGCGCAAGAAAUAAGUUAAUGGUUUAGUGUACGAAAACUGUCAUAUUCUAAUGUUUGUAAUAAGUUUUAUGCAACAAAUAACCAAUUUCUGUAGCUUGUGGCUAACUGCUAAAAAUUAAAGUCUUUGAGCUCUGGAUUUUCUGUGAUAUGGUGUAAAGGGCGUGUUUGGAAGAAGCAUAUAAUGAUCCAAGAAAAGGGUCAGAAGAAAGAGUAUCAUUUACCGACCACCGAUGGAUCACCGGCGGCGAGGAAGAAGAGAAAAUGUGAUUUGGUGUCUUAUCAAGAAUUGCCAGAAUAUAUGAAAGACAAUGAAUUUAUUCUGAAUUACUACAGAUCCGAAUGGCCCCUUAAACAAGCCCUCUUCAGCAUUUUUAGGUGGCACAAUGAAACUCUCAACAUUUGGACGCAUUUGAUUGGUUUUGCUCUGAUUUUGGUACUAAUUGUGGCAAAUUCUUCCCAUUUAUAUCAGUUAGCUGAUUUCAUGACAGUGGUCUUAAGGAACUUCCCUGCUGGUUCAGAGGCCAAGAUUUCUAGGAAUACAAAGGAUAUUUUGCAGGGAGUGCCAACUCGGAUGGUUGAUUGGAUGAUGACAGGUAAAGAAUCACAAAUGGUCAUAAAAACAGGAGAGAUGAGUGCUGCAUCAACAUGGCCAUUGUACGUCUUCUUAGCGGGUUCAGUGUUCUGUUUCCUAUCAAGCAGCGUAUGCCACCUCUUCUGUUGCCACUCCCAACCCAUGAACCUUGUACUGACCCAAAUGGACUAUGUAGGAAUAGCCGUCAUGAUAUUCACCUCCUACUUCCCUCCCAUGUACUACAUCUUCCAAUGCUCCCCACCCUGGCACAUCGUCUACCUAACCGGGACCUCCAUCAUUGGCAUAUGCAUUACCCUCACUCUCUUAACUCCCGCGUUUGCAAGGGGUAAAUACAGGUCAUUUCGGGCCUGUUUAUUCAUUGCCAUGGGGCUAUUUGGGCUGAUUCCCGCUAUCCACGCUCUGGUUGUAUACUGGAGCGACCCUUACAGGAAUGUGAUGCUGGCUUACGAGGGAGCCAUGGCUUUGUUUUACAUCAUUGGGGCGAUGUUCUAUGUGAGCAGAAUUCCAGAGAGAUGGAAACCGGGGGCGUUUGAUUUAGUUGGGCAGAGUCACCAGAUCUUCCAUGUGUUUGUCAUCUUUGGUGCUUUGGCACAUUACGGUGCGGCGCGCGUUUUCUUGGAGUAUCGCAGCAGGCUCGGUUGCCAUCGAGGUGAUUAACAAACGGGGAUCCACACUUAAACUGUUUGCCGCAUCAGUUGAGGGAAAUGCUCACUGUAUUUAAUACUGAUAGCAUUUUUUGUUCCUAAACUGAGAGAACACUGUAUGUGUGAGCAUGCAAAAACAAAAUGUUGUUAGUUUUCAAGGAGGUUAGAAAAACUAAAACUGGUGGUUAGAAGUUGUCAUACUUACUCUUGCAGUCUUUCAUUGAAUUCGUGCUUCCACAUCAACUAAAAUACUAC